CGAUUGUACAUUCACGACAACUCUGGUGGGAUAUUGAACCGUCGUGCAGAAAUAAUGCCUGUGACCUUGACUUUUUGGUUAAAAGUCGAAAUGAGUUUGCUAUAACGUUCACGUGUGUGUUGAAAAGCACUGAAAUAACACAUGAAGUGAUGAACUUGUUAAAUUGUGGCAUUAUUCGUAAUUUACGAAUAGCUCUGUAACUUGUGGAGUCUAGACCUUUUAACGACUUGAAACCUGUGCAAAACUAGCUUUGAGUAGCUAGUUAUUGCAGUUACAACCUAACUAAACUGAGUCAGCUUUGCAACUUAGCUUAAUAUUUAUUUUCCACUUUAGAAAUGUCAAAGAAGACUGUGUGUAUCGUUGGAUCAGGAAAUUGGGGCUCUGCAAUUGCUCGGAUUGUUGGGACCAAUAUCCUGGAUAAUCCAGACACUUUCCACAGCAGAGUGAACAUGUAUAUGUAUGAAGAAAAGUACGAGGGAAGAAAACUGACAGAAGUGGUCAAUGAGAUGCACGAGAACGUCAAAUAUCUUCCAGGUUUCAAACUACCAGAAAAUGUGGUAGCAAUGCCAGACCUGGCUGAGGCCAGUAAGACUGCGGACAUUCUCAUCUUUGUGUUGCCCCAUCAGUUUGUAAGAGGCACCUGCAAGGCCAUGCAGGAACACGUCAAGGACACGGCACUGGCUGUGUCUUUAAUCAAGGGGUUUGACAAAGACGCGGAGGGGAACAUUUUGAUGAUCUCUAAGCUGAUUGAGGACUGGCUGAAGAUCGACUGCUGUGUGCUCAGUGGCGCCAAUCUGGCGCAGGAGGUGGCGGAAGAGCAGUUCUGUGAAUCCACAUUAGGGGUCAAGAAACCAGAACAAGGUGAAUUGUUGAAGAUGUUGUUUGAGAAACCCUUCUUCCGAACCUCUGUCGUUAUGGACGUGGAAACCAUAGAAAUGUGUGGGGCCUUAAAAAACGUGGUGGCCAUUGGAGCGGGCAUAGUGGAUGGUAUGGGACUGGGGCACAACACCAAGGCAGCUGUGUUGAGACUGGGACUCAUGGAGAUGGUUGCCUUUGGCGAGUUAUUCAUCAAAGGUUGCAAAGAGGACACGUUCUUUGAGAGCUGUGGUAUAGCUGACCUGGUGGCCACAUGCCAUGGAGGCAGGAACAGACUGCUGGGAGAAACGGUCGUCAAGUCUGAUAAGACUAUACGAGAGUUGGAGAAGGACAUACUCAGGGGACAGAGCUUCCAGGGUCCAUUAGUGGCUAAAGAGGUCUACCACACACUUUCUCAAAAGAACUUGUUGGAAAGGUUUCCCAUGUUUACGGCCAUCUACCGUAUAUGUGAGAGGGAGAUGGACCCGAGGGAAUUCAUCGACUGUCUACGGAACCACCCUGAACAUAUUUAGUUUGGAAACAAACAUAACCACUUGUGGAUUCUUGUGGUUCAGGUUACAUGUACCUCGCACUAGAAUGGCAUUGCUACAAACAGCUAUGACAAUUUUGUCAUUUUUACACUUUAACUAACAUGUAAAUGUUAAAUUGGGCAAGGUUACAAACUACUUGGGUAAACAUGGCAAUAGGCUACAUACCACAAGAGCAUAGGGAGGCUACAUUGCUUAGAAAUCCUGCUGUUAUACUCAUAGAGAUUCUCUUACAGAUCUGAGGGCAUGUUUGAUAAACAUAUCUUAGAACUGGUAUUCAUAAAAUAAUAUUUGAUUUAUUGUUGUUCAUUCAGCCAAUACAAAAUGGAGUUCUAAUGUAGGCAUUGAACAACAGACAUUAGAUGCUUUAAGCCAAAGGAUAGUGAUUAUGCAAAAGUUACUUCAAAUUGAACAUGAUGAGACACUAACAUUUAAAAAAAAGAGAGAGAUUGUGCUAUAUACAUUGUUAAGGAUCGUAUAGUUGCAUUGUUUAUUUAGUAGCUUUUUCUCAGGAUAUUUUGUUCUUUGUUGAUUUUAAGAAUAUGGAUUGUAAUGUUUGAUUUAGUAAUAAUAAUAAUGAACAAUUUUUAAGUAUAAUAUUUGUAUGCCUUGAAUGCAAAUGUUUGCGUUUGUUUCAUAUGGGUGCUUUUGGUUUUGAAACUUUUACCCUUAUUGUUAACGGAAUGUUAUAUAUAUUUUUUACUUUGUCUUAUUAUUGUAUUUAAAAUGUAUCUACUAUUUAUUUGAAAUACAUUUACUAUAAACCAA